GGGAACUAAGCCAAUAUGGCGGGUGUAGGGGGAGUGCCCCAAGACACUAAACUUUCUGGUGACCCGUCAUCAAUUAAUUCAUCAACAGAAAAAAGUAACAGCGACGAUGUCAGUUCACAGGAGGACCAAAUUCUUCCACCAAGUAAUAAAACCGAGUCUGCAGAGAUCCAACGUAAAGACAGCGAAUCUUCUUACCCGGAAGAAACUCGCCUUAGCGGAUGGCUGGCCAAAGUUGGUGCACUGGGCUUCGUGAAAACUAGCAGACUGUUUUGGUUUGUUUUUGGCGAUGACACGUGCAAACUGUACUAUUAUCGCAACCCCCAAGACUUGCUGCCGCUGGGAGAGAUUGACAUUUCGAAUGCAUACUUUACAUUUGACCCAAAUGUCACAGAUAAGCCCGGUUUAUUUGAAAUCAGGUCUGAAGGUAAGAUCCACUACCUGGAUGCUCAGGAGCGGCACAUGAUGUUGUACUGGCUGCAGGAACUGCAGAGGAAGAGACGAGAGUACAGCCAGAAGCGAACCACCGUAUCAUCAGAGCGGGUUCAGUGGACAGUCAAGAAGAGACUUCAGAUCAGUGGCCUGCUUGGUGAUGAUGCUGGAGACGAGGAUGGGGGUGGCAGAGUCACCAUCGAGGCUCCCAUGGACAACAUCCAAGUAGAGCAGAGUUUCACUGGGAACAAAAUACCUCAAUGGAAUCUGAAGAGGGACAUCCGUAAUGCAAUGAUUAAUUUCAGGUCCAACUUAAAAAUCUCAGGACAGGGAACCAAAGAAACUGAAGGCCCACCAUCCACAGAUCAGGGAUCAUCACGAGAAGGCUGGACCUUAGUGGAGAGUGAGGUCCCUCCCACUGAAACUCUCUUGUCCCCCAACAGCACAGCGGCCCCCUCCAAAUCUUGCCCAGACCUCCAGUCUCCCACCUCCCCAGUCUCCAAGUCGAACCCCCAGGGGAAGUUCAUGUCCACCUUCAAGAAGCUGGCAUCCAAGAGAAGCAACACUGUGACAGAAGGGGUUUAUAAGGAUCAACGGAAUAAGGUUGUCUUCCCUACCUGUGUUCGCUGUAAACAUAUAAAUGAGGACCUGAUAACGGCCCGUGACGACCUGCAGGCAACAGAGGAGGAGCUCCAGGCCCACAGGGAGAUUGUUAAACUCCUGCAGAAGCAGGUGGAUGUACAGAGGACAGAGAUCAACACCAUGAGAGAAGUGGGCUCGAAGUCUUUUGAGGACCGGGAUGCGAUGCUGCGUCAGAGAGACAAGCACAUCGUGGAGAUGAGGCACAGCAUGUCCAGCAUGGACGAGGAGUGCUCACAACUCAAACAAAAUACAAAGAAAGGCAAGAUGGUGAAGAUUCAGGAAACAGAGCUGAAGACACAGCGGGAACAGCUCGUCAUGUACCAGGACAUGUUGGAAGUCAAAGCCCAGAUCAUCAUGAAGCUCACCAAUCAAAUAUAUGAACUGGAAAAAGGCAAAGGACAAAACUCUGUGUCUCCCGAACCUAGUCCUACGUUGCCCACAGCGCCUGUGAUAGUUCCCAAUACCAAAGAGUUAGAAACAUUAAAGGAUUCUUGCCAUGCAUAUGAGCUACAGAACAAAUUCCUCACCAAAGAAAUACUGGAGUUGAAUCAACUGCGGCAAAAUGACGAGGCUCGAGAGAAGAUGCUACUUAUAAACUAUGCAAAACUGGAAGCCGAUUACUACAAGACCAAAAGCCGCUACCUUAUCCUGUUGAAGGAAAACCAGACUCCGGUCAUGGGCGGCAGUGAAAACACACGGUCACAGGAGAUUGUCAACCAGCUGCUGCAGGAAGCCAUGGAUGCUGAAUCUGGGGAUGCUGACAACAAGCACCUGCACAUGGCAUCAAACAGCACACAGGAGUAUGACCGCUACGGUUUCCAGAAGUGUUUGUUUGAGGAAGAUGAAGACAUUCUCCUGGCCCGAGCAGACCAGCUGCAGAGGCAGUCAGCAGAACUAGCCAACAAUAUCAAGGUGGCUGAUGAAGCAUCAUCGCACCAGGUCAAGUGGGAGAACUUCAUGGUGAAUCAGUCAGGUCGACCUCUAAACAGGUCCCUGGAGCUGAAGACUCUCAUCAGGUCAGGCAUACCACACGAGUACAGAGAACAGGUGUGGAAAGGGUGUAUCAACAUGCAUAUAGGCCAGUCGAGACAGAAGCUGGGUCCAGGAUACUACAAGAGUCUGGUUGUCCGUGCCAAGGACACCAAGUCCAACCCUGCAGCCAAACAGAUUGAACUUGACCUGUUGAGAACUCUGCCGAACAAUCGACACUUUGAAAGACUUGAAUCAGAUGGCAUCAAGAAAUUAAGGAGAAUCUUGCUGGCCUUCAGUGCCCAGAACAUGGUGAUUGGCUACUGCCAGGGAUUGAACCGACUAGCUGCCAUAGCACUGCUGUUCCUGGCUGAGGAGGAAGCGUUCUGGUGUCUGGUGACGAUAGUGGAACACCUGAUGCCCCCGGACUACUUCACCACCACACUGGCGGCAGCACAGGCAGACCAGCGUGUGUUGAAGGACUUAGUGCAGGACAAGUUGCCCAAGCUGUACAGUCAUUUUGAGACCCACGAUGUUGACUUGAGUCUGUUCACAUUCAACUGGUUCCUCACGGUGUUUGUGGACAGUGUGCCGACGGAGACUUUCCUUAGAGUCUGGGACUCCUUCUUGUAUGAAGGCAGUAAGGUGCUGUUUCGGUUCGCAAUUUCUUUCCUAAAGUACGCAGAGGAAGGAGUGUUGACCCAGAACACAUCCUUCCUGGUUAACAGGUACAUGCGCACUGUAGGUGAGCGGAUGACUGACGCCAGAGGGAUCUGUAAGAUAGCCUUCCAUGACCUGAACCCCUUCCCAAUGAGGAGCAUUGCUAGCAAGAGGCAGGGCCAUCUAAAUCAAAUCAAGAUUGAGUUGGCCGAGUUGGAUGCAAUCCGCCGCGACUUCAAGUCAGGGAGAGUCCCUGGCGAGACGAUGGAUUUCUACAGUGAUGAUGACCUUGAUGAUGAUGCAUGAGUGGCAGUUGCCAUGGGAACAACACAUUGACAUACUUGGCGGGGAGCCCAGGCUGUCUUCCUGUACAACUAAUUCACACUCGCCAGAAUUGUUUUGAUAAAGUUUGCUGAUAUUAUGUAUAGUUGAUUCUUUAAAUGUUAAAGUUGGUGUCUUUGGAAUUAGGCAUCCAUUCUGCAAUCAGAAGACUAAAAUUGAUUGAUCCAUAAUCAAUUUAAAAACAAACAUUUCACUUUUAGUUAGUGAUUCAAAUCCAUGCAUAGCAUCACCAAAUAUGUGACUGUAUGUUAGUGUUGGGAAUUGGUUGAAAUCUCACAAUUGAUGAUUGCUUCAUUACCAACGAACAAUCAUCGAAAAAAUUGGUUAGCGUCAUUUUUCAGAU